AAAUAUAUCAAGAGCCUCAAAAGUUGUAAAGGAAAUGGGUGGGCUGGACAUCCAGCAGCUGCUGGAAUUUGAUAUCAGCAGUGAUCUACCUGAAGAUAAGCUAGAGGAGUUGUACUCUGGCAUAGAUGCACUGAAAGAGAACAUUUCAGGAAAGCUAGACAAAGAUCAGCUUGCUCAGCUAGUCAUUCUAGCUCAAUAUGCCAUGAGAUGCAAGCAAGAACAGCUGUCUGUGGCUGUCGAGGAGAUCGAAAAACGUGCAGAAGCAUCAGGAGAAAAUGAAGAGCUUAAACAACGCAAUUCAGAACUUCAGAAGCUGGUCAACAAGUACAAGAGCAAGGGUGCAGACGCCCGGGGCGUGGAGCUCAGGACGGAGGUGGAGGAGCUACAGGCCGCCCGCAGUCAGCUGAAGAAGGACCUCAAGACCAAACAGCGGCAGCUUGAUGACGAGAAGCACGAAACGGACAAGCUGUCGGCGCGUGUGGAGGAGUUGGAGAUGGAGCGGCGCGAGCUGCGGCGCCAGGUGGAGCAGCUGAACGAGACCCUGGACGAGCUGCGUCGCGGAUAUGACUCCAGAUCGGUAGGAUCCUGA